AUGUCAACUAUCCAAAACUUAAACGCCUUUGAUCCAUUCGCCGAUACUGGUGAUUCUGAAGCUCAACCAACAAAUUACAUCCAUAUCCGUAUCCAACAACGUAAUGGGCGUAAAACUUUAACUACUGUUCAAGGUUUACCACAAGAAUAUGACUUGAAGAAGAUUUUGAAGGUUUUAAAGAAGGAUUUUGCCUGUAACGGUAACAUCGUUAAAGAUGAAGAGUUAGGUGAAGUUAUUCAAUUACAAGGUGAUCAAAGAGUUAAAGUGAGUGAAUUUUUGAUUUCUCAAUUACAAUUACCAAAGAAGAAUAUCAAGAUUCAUGGUUUCUAA